GACGAGGAGGUCCCCGUCGAAGACGAGGCCGCCGACGCUGAGGAGGGCGGCGGCGCGGAGGAGGACCUGGGCCCGCCGAUGAUACGCGAGGCCUGGAACAAGAAGGUGGUUAAUCUCCGCCAGAAGCUGAAGAGCGUUGAAGACGCGGAUCGCUUUAUCUCGCAGUUGAGGGACACUAUCGAGAAGGGGAAG